UCUCUGUGUUGAUCCUGAAGCAGUAUGGAGGAGAGUGACCUGCUCCAGGAGAGGCUCCAGGCCAUCACUCAGAAGCAUCGAAUUCAAGAGGACAUUAAAAAGAAGAAAGUGAAACUCGAUCAAGAGAAAUUCAAACUGCAACAUCUGAAGAAAAAGGCUCUGAGAGAGCAGUGGCUGCUGCGAGACUCCAAUAAUGGAGUCGACUGCACACAGCAGCAGAGCUUUCUGUCUGACCGGGAACACACCAGAGCCCUGCAGCUCAGCAUCCACAGGUACAAAAUCAGCUCAAACAGAGCUCACAGAGAAGCACAUAUCAUCACCAUAGAUUACGCAUGGGCAUUGUUUGGCCUUGCAGGCCACAGCCUUUUGGUGUCUCUGACAUCUAAAGGUGAAUGGGAAAUUAGAAUUCAAAUGUAAAUAAGUAUAAUGCAGCUUGUUCCAUCUUAGACAUCAAACACUCAUUGAUCAUCUCCAGAGAACGGUGUACUGUGUGUUUUGUACGUUUGUGAGAGGUGUGGGUUUGCUAGCUCUGAAAGAUGUCAGCACACAAAAAAGAUUGAUGCAGAAUAUAGUUUUUAACGAGGUAAAUCCUUAAACACAAGGAUUACAAUUUGAAUUGUUGUUAGGAGACUAAACAUGGUAA